UUGGCGUUGUUAUGGUAACCGCUGUAAACGGAGAACUGGGACUGAUGCUGUGACUGCGAAAGCCGAGCGCCCGCGGAGUACCUUUGAGAAAAUGAAGGAACCAGAUGAUCAGGAUACUGAUGGGGGGAAAUCAGAUAGAUCAAAGAGUGACAGAAGGCAGUCUCAUUCCUCUAGAUCUGCAUCAAGAACUUCUAUGAAAGAGGGUCACAAGUCUAUUGAUGAUACCACAGGUGAAGCAUUUACUGAAGGGGAAGAAUCAUAUAUAGAGGAUGAUGAAUCUUAUGUGGAACAUUUGGAAGGAAGUUCAAGUUCAUUUCAAGAUGAUUAUACAGAAAGCUUUGGAGAAUCUCGGUAUAUGGAAACUCCUGCCCCAGAUGCAGAGGAGGCAGAGGAGGAAGUUAAGAAGAAAAUAUCAGAAAGCUGCUUCUACGAUUAUAUGGAGCUUGUCUCAAUGCCUUUUGUGACUCCAGAUUCAAACAUACCACUGGAUCUUCUUACACUUGUACAUUCCUUUGGUUAUGACUGCAGAAAGCGGGCCAACUUACAACUUCUGGAAAGCAAUACCGUGAUGUACAUAGCUGGGAACCAGCUGAUUUUUCUGAAUUUGAAAACCAAAGAACAGACCUACUUGCGAAGUAGCAGUGGAAUAGGAAUUGGUGUCAUUGGGGUUCACCCUGAUAAAACUUAUUUCACAGUAGCAGAAAAAGGAGUUUUCCCAAAGAUAAUCAUUUAUGAAUAUCCUUCAAUGAGGCCCUAUAGAAUCCUUCAAGAUGGAACUGAUUUGGCCUAUGCAUACGUGGACUUUAACUUCGAUGGUACCCUGCUGGCUUCUGUUGGUGGCAGCCCUGAUCACACCCUGACCAUCUGGAACUGGAAAGAAGAGAAGCCUCUACUGAGGACAAAAGCUUUCUCCCAGGAAGUUUUUAAGGUUACUUUCAAUCCUGAAGAUGACGAGCAGCUCACUACCUCAGGAUCAGGCCACAUCAAGUUCUGGGAAAUGGCUCUAACAUUCACUGGCCUCAAACUUCAGGGUUCAUUGGGUCGAUUUGGCAAAACAGCCACAACUGAUAUAGAAGGUUACAUGGAGCUCCCGGAUGGGAAGGUGCUCUCAGGGUCAGAAUGGGGCAACAUGCUGCUUUGGGAAGGAGGCCACAUCAAAGUGGAGUUGAGUCGAGCUGCAGGCAAGCCUUGUCACCAGGGUCCCAUUAACCAGAUAAUGCUGGACGAGGGUGAAGUCAUCACCAUUGGGUCAGAUGGAUGUGUUAGGAUAUGGGAUUUUGAGACUAUAGACACUGCUGAUGUUAUAGAUGAGACUGGAUUACUAGAGAUAGAGCCCAUUAAUGAACUUCAAGUAGAUAAGAACGUCAAACUCUUCUUUAUGAUAAAAAUGAAUGAAGUUGGAAAUAACUUUUGGUUGGCUCAGGAUUCCAAUGGAGCCAUAUGGAAGCUUGACCUUAGCUUUUCAAACAUUACCCAAGAUCCAGAAUGCCUGUUCUCCUUCCAUUCUGGAGCCAUUGAAGCUUUGGCCGUCUCUCCUGUCACUUAUCUCAUGGCCACUACUGGCUUGGACUGCUCUAUUAGAUUCUAUGACUUUGCUGGCAAAACUCCUUUGCUUCAGAUGAAAUUCAAGCAAGGAGGUACUGCCCUUGCUUGGGUACCACGGCUGAUAAGCUAUGGUGGAGCACAGAUCACUGCAGGAUUUGAAGAUGGCGUUGUUCGAAUUCUUGAACUUUAUGAUCCAAAAGGGCUCACGGUUUUUGUGGGACGGAAGAAAGUUUCAGAUGCAGAUAUUCGUUUGAAACAGGUUUUCAAACCUCAUACUGCUGCUGUCACUGCUUUAGCUUAUGAUCGUGAUGGAGAAGUUCUAGCCACAGGGAGUAAAGAUAAAACUGUCUUCUUUUUCGAAGUGGAAAGGGACUAUAAGCCUAUUGGUUAUAUUACUACUCCUGGACCUAUUUGCCAGUUAACAUGGUCUUCAAGCUCUCAUCCUGAAAGUACUUUACUGAUUAUUUGUGAGGAUGGCUAUGUUCUUGAAGCUCCAUUUCCAGCUAUAAAGGAGGAAGAGGAGGACCAUGACGUAGUUUCCUAUGAAAUCAAAGACAUGUGUUUAAAAUAUUUCCAUUUCACAAGUGUCAAAUCUAAGAUUCUGAGAUUAAUAGAAAUUGAAAGGAGAAAGAAACAAAAGGAGCUGAAGGAGAAGGAAAAGCAAGAAAAAAGGAAAAGGCUAGAAACAGAGAUGGGCGAAGAUGUGGAAAAGGAACUCCAAGGAGAAGAGGAGGAGGAGGAGGAAGAGGAAGAGGAGCCCUUACCUGAAAUCUUUGUUCCUUCAACGGCCUGUCACAUCCUCUGUGGGUUUUACUCUGAGCCAGGAAAGUUCUGGAUUUCUUUGGGUGGCUAUGAUUCUGGUUUUCUAUAUCACUGUGAAUUUCCUCCAGAUGACAAAAGCAGUGAUAACACAGUAAGGAAAGAUGAACCUUUUGAUUUCCGUCUUCUUGAAGAUACAGAGGAUAAUCCCAUCACAACUAUCACUUUCAGUAUUAACCAAGAAAUGAUGUUUUGUGGAAUGCAAAAUGGAGCGAUUCGAGUAUAUAUCCUAAGUAAGAAUGAUUCUUCAUUGACCAGCAUGAAGGACUACUGGCACUUCAAUAUGCAUGACAAUAAUUAUGGACGUGUUAAUGCCAUCUCUACUAGCUUUGAUGACCGGUUCUUGGUGACUGCUGGAGCAGAUAGUAAUAUCUUUGUUUUCAACAUUUUUUCUGAGUUUGAGUUAAAGAAAGUUGUGAAAGCCAAAGUGCCAUCUCCCAGGAUUGUAGUGAUGCUUGUUUCAAAAGUCAGAUUUCGUGAUUCAUUGGAAAGUGAUACUAUUGUAGUUCAUGCCAUUCAGAGUGAUCACAAGAUAUCCUCCUAUAGGCUCGUGAAGCCCUCUAAAUACUCCAAAACCAAACGGACAAGUCAGUCGGAGAGAAGACCAAGCAAAUUUGAGAGGUUUGAAAAAGAAGGAACUGGAAGAAAGGAUAGCCAGAGAGAUACAGGUGGAAGUAUUAGUGUGCCAGAAGAAUCAGUCAUAGAGAAAGGGAAGAAAUUUCGGCCUAAAACCCUAAGUGAAAUUAUGGUGGAAAAUCAAAUUGAGAAAACAAGGAAACUUAUAUUAAAAGCUGAAAGGGCCCAAAUGAAGAUUCAGCAACGAAAAAAAGAAUGGGAGGAACUGUACAAGAGUAAACCUGAUGAUGACUAUGAAGAUCCCAAAGAUGUUCAGGCCAUCAAAGAGGCCCAGUUAUUUAUGGGAGACUUUAAUUUGAAGACAGCCUCAGACUACAAGAUACCUGAACACAUGAGAAUAAAUGCUGCCAAGAAGGAGGAGGAACUGGGAUACCUAGACUCUAUGGCCUACUCAAAGAAAAUGCACAUGAACAAGAGCAUCAUCUCUCUUCGAGACCUUAAGGUGGCUGUCAUCGAGGAAAUACAGUGUCUGGUGCAAGAACUGAAGAACAUUCAGUCGACUCUUCCCAUAUCCAAGCACCUGCCCAUUCCCCAGGUCCCUCAGAUAUACCCGGAAGAAGUUCCAGAAAAGAGAUUUCAGUAUGAUGAUGAAACACUCCUAGCUUUUAAGCAACAGCUGGUGAAAAGUCAGGAUGAAAAGGCCCACCAGGUGGAACAGACAGCAUUUGCAGGCUCAGCUGGAGGCUUCCUCAGACUCUCUUCUGGAAAGGAGGGAGAUUUAACAACACGUGAUUCAUUGUCUAGAGCAUCAAAAGCAUCAGCAUUCAGUCUGGACCUUCCAAAGUUCACAGAAUUUGAAAGAGCAGAUCCAACUGACGUGGAGCUGGAGAUUAUGAAGAGGGAGGAGAUCAAACACGUGUACAUGCAACAGUAUUUGAUCAACCGGAUCAAAGAACUGAUUGUCACUUUUGAUGCAGAACUCCGUCUCCUGAGACAUCAGAAACUGAAGUUAGAUAUUCAGAUGAAAUUAUCCGACCUGCACCAUGUCACAUUAUUUCAAGAAAUGCUUCUCCUGAAGAACUUUGAAAAACAGGAGAACAUACUCCAAGAGCGUGUUAAUUCAUUAGACAAAGAGGAACAGGACAUGCAAUGGAAAAUAAAUGAAACUCUUAAAGAGAUGGAAGAGAAAAAGAAUGAAGUAGCCAAGCUACAGGACCAAGAAAAAGCCCUCUAUGCUGGUUUCCAAACAGUGCUUGGAGAAAACAAUAAAUUUGCUAAUUUCCUUAUGAAGGUACUAAAGAAGAGGAUUAAGCGGGUGAAGAAAAAAGAGGUCGAAGGAGAUGUCGAUGAAGAGGAGGAAAGUGAAGAAUCAAGUGAAGAAGAAUCCAGCUUGGAGAGUGAUGAGGAUGAGUCUGGAUCUGAAGAUGAGGUUUUUGAUGAUUCUAUCUGCCCAACAAAUUGUGAUAUGGGUCUCUUUGAACUGGCCCUUCAACUUCGGGAGAAAAGGCUGGACAUUGAAGAGGCUUUAGUUGAAGAAAAAAAAAUGAUUGAUAACCUCAAAAAGGAACAUGAUACAUUGUCAAAAAAAGUAAAAACUGUGGCAACUAAUCUGAAUGCAGCAGAGGAGGCCCUGGAGGCUUAUCAACGUGAGAAGCAGCAGCGGCUGAAUGAACUGCUGGUUGUGAUCCCGUUGAAGCUCCACCAGAUAGAGUAUGUGCUAUUUGGAGAACUACCGAGUGAUCUUUCUGGAACUUUAGUCUUUUCCAACCACUCCUUGGGACGAUUGCAAGAACGAAUUGUCCAGCUCCAUGAGGAAAAUUCCAAGCAGCAAAAACUUAACAAAGAAUGCCGGGAGAGGCGUAAGCAGCUCAUCCGAGAAAAGAGAGAGAUGGCCAAAACAAUACAGAAAAUGGAAGAAACAGUGAGUCAACUAAUGAUUAGCAAGUUUGGCCGCGUGAUCAAUCUAGAAGCCCUUCAGACACUUUCUGUGAAUACAACGCUUGAAGAACUAAAGAUCAAAAAGCUUCGAAAGGAGCUAUCGAACGUAAAGGAAAUGAAAAUGUGGGAGGAAAAGAUUGCUCAAGUUCGAUGGGAAUUGAUGAUGAAGACAAAAGAGCACACCAAAAAACUUCAUCAGAUGAAUGAUUUGUGUAUUGAAAAGAAGCAGCUUGAUUCGAGACUGAAUACUCUACAGAACCAGCAGGGCAAUGCCUUCCAGGGCCCUCGGAAAGCAGAUACUGAGGCAAGAGAAAGGGUCACUGAACUGAUCCAAGUCCAAGCCGAAAGGAUUCAGGCCUUAAAGGAAGAGAUUGCUCUUUUGCGUAAGAAAGGUGGUCUCCUCCUGCCCCCGAUUCAUCGCCCACAAGAGAAUGAAUGAAGUCCCCGGGCUUUAACUUUGCUUUUUCCUCAUAUCCAUCCAUGAUUUGACACAUAAUUCAACAGAAGUUCUGUUUCCUCAUUGUCUGCAAAAGUCUAAAACCAGAGCCAGUCAUGUAGUUUUAAGGAUUUCCCCCCAAAUGGUUAUCUCAGAACUGACUGUAAUGCUCAACAGCUACUUAUAUUGAACUGAAUCAUUUUAGAUGUGCCUGGAACCAAAUGGAUCGAAUAUAAAGUCUCAGGAGGCGGAGUCUCAAACCAUCAGAAAGAAUCAGUAAUAUAUCCUGUUUUGUAAAAUUUGGUUUUUGGUUAUCUGAAUGUUUAGCCAUUGGCAAGAAAAUCUAUCAUUCAGCAAACCAUGAGAAAACCUCCUUUUCUUGAUGGUUAAAUCCUUGGAAAAUAAACUUCGUUAUCUGGUAUUCUCUGAGAGGACACAAGGGAAAAAAACCAUUUUGCCAACAAACAAUAUCUGGGAAAAAGAAAUACAACUUAGAAUUCUGACAUUGUUAACUUCAUAAGUCAGUUAUUUGAGGGCUCAGGAUUCAGGAAUAUAAAGAACAGAGCAGUUGGCCUUUGGCUGGCAUAAAGCAAGAAAUAAUCAGCUUCCUGAAUCACCCAGAGUUUUAGCAAACUCAUCAGCUCUGGGUGGAGCAGAGAAGUGUAUUUUGCAGAAUGGUUAAAAGGAGGCUCUUCUCUGAAGGUGUCUGCAACUUUACCAGCAUUUCCUACAGUUUCUCACAUCCUGUGCCAUUUUCCUUCUGGUUCUACUUGUGUCAUUUGCUGGCUUUAAUACAGAUAAGGAAGUAAUGAAAUGGAUUCCAUCACUGAGAGAUCUCUAAUAAUAACUUUUGAUUGUAUGUAACAUUUUGAGAGUAUCCAUUUGGUUUGGGGGUAAGUGGUCAUUGGAAUUCAUCUAAGGAUGAUUUCACCAACAGUUGGAUUCCUGUUAGUAAUAGGUCUAACAACAGGUCCACUUUAAUGACAGCCUCUCUGGAGGCUGUCCCAGAAUAUGAAUUGGUUAUUGAAAAGGAAAGGUAAAGAAGGCAAUACUGCACCAAUGUAGAAAGUGACUCAGCAAAGUCAAGUCUUCCUAACCUGUGGCUAGCCUGCUGAUCUGCCUACCAAAAUUAUAAGCAAGACUUGGGUUCUUUGUUGGAAUACAUAUAUGUUAGAGGUGGCCACCUGGCCUGCUGUGUCUGAGAUCCUUUCAUCUUCCUAUUUAAGAAGUCCAGAUAGCUUACCAUUUGUGCCUGUCAGCACAGAGCUCUGAUGCAUUAGCCUCUCUACUGGACAGCACCCUUUACCACCUUCUCUGUUCUUCGCCCUAAACUAUGUGUGCCCUUCAAGUAUUUAAGAAAAAUAUGCUAGUCUUAGCUCUGAAUGUUUUAACUUUAUGUAGGAAUAAGUAAGUAAAACAACAUCUUGCCCAAUUUCUAAGGGUCAGGAAUCUGGGAGCCACUUAGCUGGACAUUUCCAACCUGCAUCUCCCAUGAAGUUGCAGUCAAACUGUGCAUUGGGGCUGUGUCCAUCUGAAGCUUAGGUGGAACUGUAAGGGAUACCAACAGACCUACUCACUCAACUGGCUGGCCACCCACCACCCUGAGCAGCUGCCUGGAUACAGUGAGUAGUCCUGGAAGGGACACUGCCCCUUGUUGUGGUGAGAACUAGGGUUAAGUUCCACUAUUUUCCUGGGCCUCAUUAUCAGAUAAAGGAGAGAUUUAGAUAAGCUCUGAGGAUUCCUGUCAUUCUAAAAUCCUAAUUAAGAAUGAAUGAAUUCAGUCUAUAGAAGAGCCAUGUCAAGGAUUCAUGUGUCUAUCAACUUAGGAGUAAAACCAGUCAAGAUUACUACUUUUUGUCCAAUUGAACCAGACAAAAAUCACCAAAGUUUACAAAUACUAAGCUUUCAUACAGUAUGUUUGGAAUUUGACAAUACAGUGAAUUCAUUCUUACUUUGAAUUAGUCAAGAAAUAGAGGUAGCUUUAGUUUAAUUUCAUUGAUCCCAGGCUUAGUCUUGCAUCUAUAACUAAGUAUGAGCAACUGAGUCUUUGGGAGGUUUAAUAUCAAACAGGAGAGCACCAGGGUGCAGACUUGACUAGGGAUAGAUGGAAAGCUGUCCUAGUUUCCUAAGCAAACUGUUUUCUGCCUCUUGCUGUGCCCUUAGAGAAGGCAGCCACCUUUGAGAGAGGCCAAAAAUCAGUCUAAGUUUUUGUGGGUCAGUUGUUAUCAUUAAAUAUCAACAUUGAAAGAUGUAGAGCCCAGCCCUUCUGUCAGAACUUCAUAGGAAAAUGAGUUACUCAUUUUGCCAAGACAGUCUAUUCUGUUGGGCAGCUUAGGUCUCCUAACCAAGAGCUGAACUCUGCACCCUCACUAGCUCCCACACACCUAAGUCUUACUCUUCUUUUUGAUUGUUGACUGAAUCAGACUUUUAAAAGACACUACAGUAAUUAACCUGAAUCUAAAGAAAUGCAAAAUGCAAUGAAACUGAAUAUAUAAGUUGUUUUUUCUAGGUUAAAAUGUAAAGGCCUGGUACCCUAAUCUUUUCCUGCAAUUGGCUAAAUAUGCACAUUUAUCUUGUUUAA